ACAAGGCGAACCAGCUCGAUUUUCCAGGUUCAAUUUGCAUUGGUUUUUCACCUUCAUCCUUGCUUUUGUCUUUUUUUUUGUUCUUCUUUUUCGUCAAGAGAAAAAGAACAUGGGAACCCAAGCUCCUUCUGACAAAGAUAAUGCCCGGAACGACAGUUUUGAAGAAAAAUUAGCAAGGCAGAAAGCAAUUGAUGAUUGGUUGCCAAUUACCUCAUCAAGAAAUGCAAAAUGGUGGUACUCAGCUUUCCACAAUGUCACUGCUAUGGUUGGAGCUGGUGUCCUCGGUCUCCCCUAUGCCAUGUCAGAGCUUGGAUGGGGUCCUGGCGUGGUUGUCCUAGUCCUAUCAUGGAUUAUUACCCUGUAUACUCUAUGGCAAAUGGUUGAGAUGCAUGAGAUGGUUCCAGGAAAACGUUUUGAUAGAUACCAUGAACUGGGUCAAUAUGCCUUUGGUGAAAAACUUGGUCUCUACAUUGUGGUGCCACAGCAGCUUAUUGUUGAAGUUGGUGUCUGCAUAGUAUACAUGGUUACCGGAGGCAAAUCAUUGAAGAAGUUCCAUGACACCGUCUGCAGUACCUGCCAAUCCAUAAAACUUACCUAUUUCAUCAUGAUUUUUGCCUCUGUUCACUUUGUGCUGUCUCACCUUCCCAACUUCAACUCCAUCUCUGGUGUCUCCUUGGCAGCGGCAGUCAUGUCCUUGAGUUACUCUACGAUUGCUUGGGGAGCUUCAGUGGAUAAGGGUGUUCAGCCAAAUGUGCAAUAUGGCUACAAAGCAAAGACAGCAGCAGGAACAGUGUUCGACUUCUUCGGUGCCUUGGGUGAAGUAGCUUUUGCCUAUGCCGGGCACAAUGUGGUGUUGGAGAUCCAAGCAACAAUCCCAUCUACACCUGAGAAGCCAUCAAAGGGACCCAUGUGGAGAGGUGUUGUCGUUGCCUAUAUAGUUGUGGCCUUGUGCUACUUCCCUGUUGCUUUGAUUGGGUAUUGGAUGUUCGGCAAUGCUGUCGAGGACAACAUCCUCAUGUCAUUGGAGAAACCAGCAUGGCUCAUUGCAAUGGCUAACAUGUUUGUUGUUAUUCAUGUUAUUGGAAGCUACCAGAUUUAUGCAAUGCCAGUAUUUGACAUGAUGGAAACUGUCCUAGUGAAGAAACUAAAUUUCAAGCCUACUAGAACACUUCGAUUCAUUGUUCGCAAUCUUUACGUCGCAUUCACAAUGUUUGUUGGCAUCACCUUCCCUUUCUUCGGUGGUCUUCUUGGAUUCUUUGGAGGAUUUGCUUUUGCACCAACAACAUACUUUCUCCCUUGCAUCAUGUGGCUUGCCAUCUACAAACCAAGAAAGUUCGGCUUAUCUUGGUGGACUAACUGGAUCUGCAUUGUAUUAGGUGUUGUCUUGAUGGUAGUAUCACCAAUUGGAGGCUUGAGGCAAAUCAUCAUUCAAGCCAAGCACUAUGAAUUUUACUCUUAAUUGUUGUCUUCCCACAGUAGAAGGAAAGUGGGGUGCCACAAAGCACAGUAGGGAAAAAAAAUGAAGAACAUGAUAAGUUAAGGUGGUCUGAUGGCGCAUAAGGCCAUUGUCAACAGUCAAUGUUGACAGAGUUCAUCGGGUGAUUGAAGCUUGAACCGGUUUCUGUUGUAUCACUGGUUCACUGCUUUCUGUGCACAAGGGAACUGUAGCUACUGAGACCAAACCAGAAGAGAGUUGGCCAUCACUGUUUCUUCAUAACUUGUUUAUGCAUGUAAAAUAUACCAGUCCUUUUUUGUUUGUUUUGCUGUUGGUGAAAAAUGAAUAUGCAUGUCACAAUCUUCAGAAAAAAAGAAAACAUGAGUUCAGUUGUGAAAUGGUUUCCAUCUAAUGUGUAUUUGCUUUGAAAAUGAGUUCUGAGUUAAGGUUUGUUUCAGGAAAUAUAUGGAAUCAUAGUGUAAAAUCAAUACAACCUACGAUUUGAUGUUUUCUACAGAA